GAAUGGAAGACUCGUACUUUCGCUGCGUACUUAUUCGUAGGCCUUUGUGAGAUAUGGUAGACGGAAAGAAAAUGAAACUGAUGUGGUUGGUGAUAUUCAUUGGAAGCUACUUUGCGGUAGUGCAAGCAGCCGACAACUUAGGGGACCAAUACACUAACUCCACGAAAGUUCUUAACAGGAGAAAAAGAUAUCUUAUUUUUCGCGAUGUUUCCAGAGGAUUUGCGCGUGUGAACAUUAAGGACAGAGCAUUCGAUACUACAAACAUUUGGGCUCAAGCUGUCGGCUUUCGUAUGAAUGUUGAAUAUAAUAAUCCUCCAGGGCUCAAAAUUACCAAAAGAGAUGUUCACCAAUCUCUGUCAGAAAUGAUUCAGAUGCACGAUUUUGACGGUCGAGCUUGUAUAUUAAGGGCCAUGUGUGAACUAUCCAAUGAUAUGACGCCAAGCAGUGGAAUAAUAUUCAAACUAUUCAAAAGAAUUUUCUCCCGACCCCCAGCAACUGAUGCUACUUCCAACGGUUCCAGCAGUCUACCUCAAGGUGAUGAAAUCUACUUCCCUUACCUAACGUCAAAUAAUUGCACCGAACUCGACCAGCACUGUCCAAUAUCUCAACUAGACAUACUGGACAGCGCAAACAGCGUGCGAACAUUGUAGCAAAAUCGAGUGAUUCAUGCUCACACUCCUUGGCAUUGAGAUCCGGCAUUUCAGCGUUCAUCAGUAUCAUUUAUCAAUUUACUUUAUUUGUUCCGGCAAAACUCUCCGCCGAAGAGAUAAAAUAUCACUUUCCCACAACGCUUGCUAUAGUACCAUUAGUUAACGGCAGACCCAGACACAGCGACGGGAUAGAAGAACAACUCAUUGUAGGAAGUGGUUCAAUAACUUGUCGAUAGCAGCUAAACGGAAACAGGUGAAUGGUGAUCCGUCUGAAGCUUCGCCCUUCUUUCGCAGGAAGAGUGCUUCCGAUUAGUAUCGAUAAUGUUGUGUCUCGUCGCUUCAGUUAUUUCUCUAUG